AUGCCUCAGGUUCCUUCUCAACCCACUCCCUACUCAAUCGAAUGCUCUUCAUUCCCUCCGCCUAUCCAAGCAGCCUCUGGUCCAGGUGCUUGGGCAUUCCAGCGCGCUUUUGAAUCGGCUCGCGAGCCUGUCAGAUGGGCCAUACUCACCACUAUGUGUUUCUGGGAGAACGAAUGGGCUUUCAAAGGCGUUGAGGUGCCACGAGAACGGAUACAGGAUGCAUACGAUGAAUCGCCGCCUGACUUGAAGGCUACUCUGGAUCACAUCGUGAACCAGAGGCUUCCGUUCUACUAUAUGAGCGAGGGGGACCGGCGCUGCCAUGAUCUAUAUCGCACUGGACGUAUGGAAGAAGCGGAGACGACAGCGUUAUCCACAGAGAACUUCGUGCGCGAAUUCAACUCUGCUGUGGAACCUGUUCGCGCGGCUGUCUUGAAGACAUUCGAUGACUGGGCAUUUUUCGAAGAACAUCGUGAAAUCAGCCCGGUUCCAGAAGCAAAUCUUGCACAAGCUUAUGCAGCCGCUUGCGGCGAUCUCAGGAUAGUCGUCAGCUGGAUUCUCGCGACCGGAUGGAUAGUUCCUGUCUUCAAUCGUAAGGCGUUCGAGCUAUACCAGUCUUCUGUGCAUCGCAGAGGCCGAUAUCAUGUUACAAACCACAUCAAGAUGCACGCUCUGAAUAGGCUUGAGGGUAUGUAUUGA